CCCAUGGCACAUACAUAAAAUUACAGCUAAAGUAGAGUAGUAAUGUAAUGGCUUAUAACAUUGUAAUGCAUUAUAUUAAUGUAUAGAUAUAUUUGUUGUUCACGGAGUGCUUGCUGAAAACAGUUAAUAAUAGGUUAGCUAAAUUAAACUUAUAACUAAGUUAGUUAAACAGUACCGAGUCAAAGCAGUAUACUUUGAAAAACUGACUUUCGUUUUCCAACUAAUUUCGCGACGACCUCCGGCUAAGCUAACUAGCCGUUACGUUACUUGGCAUGGAAGAUGACUAGUGCUCGUAAGCAUAGUUAAUGUGAUUAUUAACUGAGUUUAUUCACUGCUAACUAUGAAUUGUGCUGGGGACGUAGACGACCCAUUUCCCGUCGACGACGGUUUGUUUACCGAAACAUUUUCUCAAGAAGAUGUUUACAGUUUGUUCGGUGAGGAGCUGAAGAUAAGACAGGUCUUCGGGGCUAACCUCGGCGUGGCUGCCCCGGUCUGGGAAGCUGCACUAUACCUGUGUCGUUACUUCGAGGAGCUGUGUGUGGAGCUGAGAGGAAAGCGGAUCAUAGAGCUGGGAGCAGGGACUGGUGUAGUCGGGAUUUUAGCCGCACGCCUCGGUGCAGUUGUGACCCUCACAGAUCUUCCUUUGGCUAUCCCACAGCUUCAGGCUAACGUCUCAGCUAACAUGCCUUCCAGUGGCUGGACUUCUCCUCCUCCUACCAUCCUCCCUCUGUCCUGGGGUGAGGACCACAUGAACUUCCCUUCUGACUGGGAUCUGGUACUUUGUGCAGAUAUCAUUUAUCUCCCACAGACCUAUGCACUGCUAGUGGAGACACUAACUCAUUUGUGCAAGAAUGGUGCUGUGGUAUAUCUCUCAUCCAAGAUGCGAAAAGAGCAUGAGACCACAGGUUUCUAUGAGGAGCACUUGCCAAGCAGAUUUAAUGUGGAGCUUGUACAUCGUGAUGACAAACAAAACAUCAAUAUCUACAGGGCAUUUCUAAGAACAGACCUGUGACGGAAGGUACAGAUGUCUGCUGAAACCAGUUAUGGCCUCUGGUUUCAUAGGUGCCUUGAAAGAGAUUUUUUUAAAGAGCAGUGAAUGCAUUUUAUAAAAUGAAGCUGUCAGAAAUAGGGCUGGGUGUCAUUUCAGAGUUUUUGAUACGGACACCUUGACUUCAAUACCAGUUCCUAAACAAUACUUUUUUUCCACAUCAAUUUUAUAAAAUCAAUUUUAACAUAAAAUAUACAUACUCAGUUUUAU